UACGCAAUGUCUGACGUCACGACGCAGAGCCUAGCAACCGCGCAGGCUCGGGGCCGAGACCGUUAUGGCUGCCGCCGCCCGGAGAAGGAUGAGCGGCGCCGAGCAAGCAAAUCUGCUGCCCAGGCCAGGUGUCCAGGUCCCCGGAGGGCUGGCGCGGCCGCUGGUCCUGGCCCUCCUGCUUGCAUCCGCCAUCAUGCCCAGUGUUCAAUUACAGAUUGAGUCAUUGAGCCAGCCCGUACUCAAGUCAGAUGUUUCUACUCCAAAUACGAAUGCUUUAACAAAUGAAAACCAAACCACACCUGCUUUCCAAACCAGCACCACUCUCCCUCCCACAACUAGUACAGAAAAAAGUGGAGUGGCGUCCGUGUCCCCUCAUCCCUUGCCUACUACUUCUCUGUCCCAAGAGGAAGGUGAUAACAAUGAAGAUCCUAGCAUAGAGGAGGAGGAUCUUCUCACACUGAACAGUUCUCCGUCCACUGCCAAAGACACUCUGGACAACGGGGAUUACGGAGAACCAGACUAUGACUGGACCACCAGCCCCCGGGAUGAUGAGUCCAGUGAAGCCUUGGAAGAAAACAGGGGCUACGUGGAAAUUGAACAGUCAGAGAGACCUUUUAAAACCCCACCCUCAAAUAUAGAAGAGGAAGAUAGCCAUUUCUUUUUCCACCUUAUUAUUUUUGCUUUUUGUAUUGCUAUUGUUUAUAUUACAUAUCACAACAAAAGGAAGAUUUUCCUUCUGGUUCAAAGCAGGAAAUGGCGUGAUGGUUUUUGUUCCAAAACAGUGGAAUAUCAUCGUCUUGACCAGAAUGUUAAUGAAGCAAUGCCUUCUCUGAAGAUUACCAAUGAUUAUAUAUUUUAAAGCACUGUGAUUUGCAUUUGCUUAUUAUGUAAUUUUAUUUGCUUGACUUUUUAUAUGAUAUUGUGCAGAUGUUUGCCAUUGGCAGUUCAUACUUAAAUGGGAGGUGGGCCUCUCUUUAUUUUGCCUUGGUGCUUUGGAAAUUAAGUAUCAUGAACAAGGAGUAUAUAAUUUUUUAUCUAUGUUUUUAAAGGUGAAUUCAAUCAGGUGUCCAAAAUGUGGAGCUAAGUGUUACCUGUUAGUUUUUUAUUGUUUUAGAUUUCUUUAUUGUACUUCUUCUGGAAGUGUUAGUAAUGCUUCUUAAAAAAAAUCCCAAACUUAUAAUUAAAUUCUAACUCAUCUGAUAUUGCUGACUCAGAUUCUCUUUCUGCCAUCCAAAUACUGUUUCUUAAGCACACAUUUCUUUGUGCUGUCGAACUGUAAUCUACAAGGAUGUAUGUAAUAAUGCUUUACAUAUAAGUAACAUUUUUUUCUUCCAGCACUCUCUGCUUUGGAUAUUUUUGGAUAAUUUAUGUAUAAUUUAUUAUUGCUCAUUCUGACCACGAUUUUAAGUAGCACAUUAAUAAAUGUGUCUAAAAAUUCUGGCAAUAGAGACUCUGCAGUUUGCAGUAGACGUAAAUAAGAUGUUAUAGAUAGCUUUUUUGCUUUGAAUUACUGAAUUAAAUUUAGAGGUAGAAAUUGUUGUGAACUAUUAAAUACACGUACAAUUGCUUUUACUUAGCAAUUGAUUGUAGCACGGGUUCCUCCAAGCUUUCAAGCAAGGGGCAGAGUUUAAAAUUAUAUCAUAUUUGUUCACUUGCUUAUUUUUUAUAGUAAGUUUGAAUGAAUUUUAGGAGACAUUGUAAUUUAAAUAAUAUUGGCUCUAGGGCUUUCAAAUUAAAAUUAUACCUGUUUGUAUACAUAAAGGCUGUAUAUGUACACUGACUCUUUCUCCCUUUGUGUUUGGUUUCUUGUUCUUUUUUAAUAGCAACUGGAAAUUACUUACUAUAUUUAAUUUUGACUUGUCUUUCUAUCAUAAGGAGUUGAUCAGUAUGUAAAUAUAUGAUUUGAAACAUAGUUGACUUAUAGGUGUCACAACAAUUUUUUAGAAAACAUAACCCCUAAUAUAUGUUAAACGCCACUCACAAAACCCAGGUGAGCUAGUGGGCAUAUGGUUUGUGUAGAGAUGGAAGAGGCAGGGUAGGCCAUCCUUUCUCUUGGGUGGACAGUUUACUGUUUGAGUAAGGAAGGGAGGCACACUGGAAGUACACCUGAACUGUUCUUGCAGUAAUUUUUUUCAUAUCUGAAAUUGUAUUAUUUAAUAUUUUGAAUAAGAUUUUAAAAAAUAAAUGGCAAAGAUAUAAAUUCA